AUGUCUCUCCUCUCUGAUCUCAUCAAUCUCAAUCUCUCUGAUUCCACUGAGAAGAUCAUCGCUGAAUACAUAUGGAUUGGUGGAUCUGGUUUGGACUUGAGAAGCAAAGCAAGGACUCUGCCCGGACCGGUGACGGACCCAGCAAAACUCCCCAAGUGGAACUACGACGGUUCAAGCACCGACCAAGCCCCAGGAGACGACAGUGAAGUCAUUUUGUAUCCCCAGGCUAUUUUCAAGGACCCAUUCAGAAGAGGAAAGAACAUCCUGGUGAUAUGCGAUGCGUACACACCGGCUGGGGUGCCAAUCCCCACCAACAAGAGAUUCAAUGCUGCCAAGAUAUUCAGUCACCCCGACGUUGUCGCCGAGGAGCCUUGGUAUGGCAUUGAGCAAGAGUACACUCUUCUUCAGAAGGAUACUAAAUGGCCUCUUGGAUGGCCGUUGGGUGGCUUCCCAGGUCCACAGGGACCCUACUAUUGUGGUGCCGGGGCUGACAAGGCCUUCGGUCGUGAUAUUGUGGACUCACACUACAAGGCCUGCCUCUAUGCAGGAAUCAAUGUCAGUGGAAUCAAUGCUGAAGUUAUGCCAGGCCAGUGGGAGUUUCAAGUUGGCCCUACAGUUGGUAUUGCUGCUGGAGAUCAACUAUGGGCUGCUAGAUACAUCCUUGAGAGAAUCACAGAAAUUGCAGGAGUUAUUCUAUCGUUGGACCCAAAACCAAUCCAGGGUGACUGGAACGGUGCUGGCGCUCACACUAACUACAGUACCAAGUCAAUGAGAAAUGAUGGCGGAAUUGAUGCGAUCAAGAAGGCGAUUGAGAAACUGAGUUUGUGCCACAAGGAGCACAUUGCUGCAUAUGGAAAAGGCAAUGAGAGGAGAUUGACUGGUCGCCAUGAGACUGCUGACAUCCACACUUUCUCUUGGGGCGUGGCAAACAGGGGAGCCUCCGUCCGUGUUGGUCGUGAUACCGAAAAAGCUGGGAAAGGAUAUUUUGAGGACCGAAGGCCGGCGUCCAACAUGGAUCCAUACGUAGUGACUUCCAUGAUCGCUGAAACCACCAUUCUCUCCAAGUCCUAG